CCAAAGAAAAAAUAAGUUAAUUACGAUAAAUUUAUAAAGCAUAUCUACAAUGGCUGUUUACAAAGUUAGUUUCCUUGCUCACCUACUUGUUCUUGGAAUGUAUCUACUAGUAAGCACGGUGGAACACGCUAAUGCUUGUACUAAAGAAUGUGGUAAUCUUGGCUAUGGGAUAUGCCCAGGUUCAGAAGGAAGUCCAGAAAAUCCAAUAUGUACCAAUUGUUGCUCUGGCUAUAAGGGUUGCAACUAUUAUAACGCUAAUGGAACUUUUAUUUGUGAAGGAACGUCUGAUCCAAAAAAUCCUAACAUUUGCCCCUCAUAUUGUGAUCCACAAAUUGCCUAUUCAAAGUGUCCACGUUCAGAAGGAAAGACGAUAAUCUAUCCCACAGGAUGUACGACGUGUUGCACUGGUUACAAGGGUUGCUACUAUUUUGGUCAAGAUGGAGAGUUUGUGUGUGAAGGAGAGAGUAUUGAACCUAAGGGUUGUACUAAAGAAUGUGACCCUAGAGUUGCUUAUAUGACUUGUCCAUCUUCUGGAUUGGCAAAACUUAAUCAAGUUUGUGUUAAUUGUUGUAGUGCAGGAGAGGGUUGCAAACUCUAUGAUAAUGAUGGAUCUUUACUUUGUACUGGGGAGCCUCAAAGUAUUUCCACAGCAUAAGGAAGUUGGUUAUUUCUAUUCAAUGUUGUAGUUUAUUAAUGUAUGAAAUAAAAGAAUGAAUGGUGAUAUAUGAUGCUAUUUUAUUAAAGUUCAAAUUAAAUAAUUAA